AUUGAAAACUAAGAAAAUUACCCAACCAUGUUGAAGUCCACUCUCGUUUUGUCGUGCCUUCUGCUGGCAAGCAGCAGCCUCGUCCGCGCCGAGGACCUCAAGGUGGAGGUGGUCAGCACCCCGGAGGUGUGCGAGCAGAAGUCCAAGAGCGGAGACUCCCUCACGAUGCACUACACUGGCACCCUGCAGGCCGCAUGGCAAGAAGUUCGAUUCGAGAUUUAUCAGCUGGCAUCGAGAAAGCGCUUUCGCCGAUGGACCGCAACACUACAAAAGAAACACUUCGACCGCGACCAGCCCUUCACAUUCCAAUUGGGCGCCGGACAGGUGAUUAAGGGAUGGGACCAGGGUCUGCUCAACAUGUGCGUGGGGGAGAAGCGCAAGCUGACGAUCCCCCCACGGCUGGGCUAUGGCGAUCAGGGAGCUGGCAAUGUGAUCCCGCCCAAGGCCACGCUCCUGUUCGACGUGGAGCUGAUCAACAUCGGCAAUGCCCCGCCCACCACGAACGUGUUCAAGGAGAUCGACGAGAAGUUUUACAAGCAGCUGAGUCGCGAAGAGGUGAGCGAGUAUCUGAAGAAGCAGAUGACGGCCGUGGAGGGCCAGGACUCGUCCGAGCUGAAGAACAUGCUGGCCGAGAACGAUAAGCUGGUGGAGGAGAUCUUCCAGCACGAGGACAAGGACAAGAACGGCUACAUCUCGCACGAUGAGUUCUCCGGGCCCAAGCACGACGAGCUGUAGGGGGCUCCUCCACCCUCUCAUCCGACAGGUGCAGCGACAACGAAGGGACAAGAGUGCUUAAGUUACACAUACACAAACGUAAAUCUACACAUAAGCAGUUAUACACCCGCUAAUAAACAGAGUAACACAGGUGUACACAAUCCAA